AUGAAGCAACCACCAGGGUAUGAAGACCCGUUACACCCAGAUCAUGUAUGUCAUCUUCAGCGUUCUUUAUACGGGCUGAAGAAAGCUCCGAGUGCGUGGUUUAAAAGGCUUCACGACUUCCUAUUAUCUGUGGGUUUUUCGUCCUCCAAGACCAACGUCUCCUUAUUUUACUAUACCUCUGGAGCCUCUCGGGUCUAUCUACUUGUUUAUGUUGAUGAUAUCAUCAUGAUGGGUAACGACACAACUUUGAUUGACACACUCCUCAGCCGUCUUUCUGCUGUGUUUAAGAUCAGGGAUCUAGGCACACCUGGAUUCUUUCUCGGGAUCGAAACCCUGGCGUACAAUAAUGGCUUUCUGUUAUCUCAGAAACGGUAUAUGCAGGAUAUUUUGGUUAGGGCUGGUAUGACUGACUGCAAAGCUUUGGCAACUCCGGCUGCUGUCACUCAAUCAGCUACUCCUUCACUUGAACCCUAUGAUAAUCAUACGCAGUAUCGCCGCAUUGUGGGCGCUCUCCAGUACUUGACUAUCACCCGGCCAGACUUAUCGUUUUCAGUUAAUCGUCUCUGCCAGUUUAUGCAUGCACCCACCGCAGAUCACUGGGGUCUGCUCAAGAGAGUUUUGCGUUAUGUUAAAGGCACGUUAGACAUGGGCUUGCAGGUAUCGCCAUCGCCACACUCUACCUUGCAUGGCUAUUCCGACUCUGACUGGGCUGGCUGUCCUAUAGACAGAAAAUCGACUAGCGGCUAUGCUGUUUUCUAUGGCACCAAUCUGAUUUCUUGGGUCUCCCGGAAACAGCGCACUGUUGCUCGUUCGUCUACCGAGGUUGAGUACAAGGGCUUGGCAGAUGUUGCUGCAGAAGUCACGUGGGUGGUUUCCUUACUCCGCGAGCUGCAACUCCACUCUAGGCAACCUGCUACGUUAUGGUGUGACAAUCUUGGUGCAACCUACAUGGCCGCCAAUCCUAUCUUUCAUGCUCGCACUAAACACAUUGAAGUUGACUACCACUUUGUUCGAGACAAGGUUGCCUCAGGAGAGCUAGCUGUUAGCUUUGUGUCUACUCAAGAUCAAAUUGCCGACAUCUUCACCAAACCACUACUGGCUCCGCGUUUUCAGACUCUCCGUGCCAAGCUCAAUGUUGUUUCCUCUCAACCUUGUACUUGA